CCGGCUUCUCUCGCACCAUGUGGCUCGACCGGCUCUCAGGGAGUCAAGUCAGCGCGUCCGGGCCCUCGACUCCUCAGAUCACCAGCCGGCACAACUCGCCGCUUCCGCGAAAGCCACAGGCCAAUCUCAGCCCCUACGUAACCUCUCAGCGGCAAGGGCCCUCUCCGCGGGGGUCGUCUCUGUCAUUAGUGUCCAGCGACUCUACAACCUCGCUGCUGGCGUCAUCACGCAAGCCCAAUGGCUCAGAAGUGAAACAGCCAGCCGCGCCUCAGGUUCCGGACUCGGUAAACAUCUUGGAGAGGCUAUUGGCGGCAGAUUCGGAGAUUGUAGGCAAGCCUCAGGGCAAGGCAAGCUCAAUCACGGAGGAGGAUCUGGGGCUCGAUGUCGAUUUCGGAGGGUUGUCUCUAAAGGAGCUGGCCGCUGGGAGCUCCGAUGGCGAUGCCACAAGCUUCCGCCGGCCCCAGAAUGCCAGCGAGUGUACGUUGCAAUUCCGACGCGCCGGCCCAAACGACUGUAUUUCGCGUGCUAAGUUACCAUUUAUAGAUGAGAACGACAAGGCCCGAUUCGACGCCUUGCAUCGAUCCAUUGUUGCGUGCGACGACAUCUUGAACUCGGUCGAAAUCAACCUUGCGGAUUUUCGCAAUGACCUUUCCACUGUUUCGGCUGAUAUCGAAACUCUGCAAACCCGUUCUAGCAUAUUGAGUCGAAGGUUAGAAAAUCGAAAACGAAUAGAGAAGGCGCUUGGCCCAUUGGUAGAAGAGCUCAGCGUGUCGCCCGAGACAAUUUCCAGGAUAACGACAAGCCAUAUUGAUGAAGCAUGGGCGAAGACUUUGAAUGAAUUAGACAAGAGAGCCUCAGCCGUUCAGAAGCUGUCAGGAACACAGCAGGGCAAAGCCAGUGAAGAGCUUGGUCCGAUAUUGGAGAAACUAAUAUUAAAGGCUGUCGAACGGAUUCGCGACUUUCUUGUUGCCCAGAUAAAGGCUCUUCGAUCGCCCCAUAUCAAUGCGCAAAUCAUCCAGCAACAAAAUUUCCUAAAAUUCAAAGACCUUUACACAUUCCUCCAUAAACACCAUGCGACGCUCGCAGACGAAAUCUCGCAGGCGUACAUGAACACGAUGCGAUGGUAUUACCUCAAUCAGUUCACGCGCUACGAGAGAGCUUUGGCCAAGCUCAAACUUCAUAUUCUGGACAAGAAUGACGUUCUAGGGCAGGAAGACGCGACUAGAAAAACAGCCGUCUUAUCUAGUAGUCGUGUUGCCGGCGCACCGCAUGAUGCGUUCAAUCUUGGACGUCGGAUUGAUAUGCUCCGAACCAAGAGCACCUCGGCCAUCUCGUCGUACCUGGCAGAGGAGGACCAAUCAACCCACUACCUGGAAGUCCCCUUUCGAAACUUCAACUUGGCUCUCAUCGAUAAUGCCACAGCCGAGUAUACCUUCUUGGCAUCCUUUUUCGCCCCCGCCUUGUCGUAUUCACAAAUAUCUAAAAACUUCAAUUAUAUAUUUGAGCCAACGUUUGAGGUUGGUAGAGUGCUUUCAAGAGCCCUCGUAAGCGAGACAUUCGAUGCCCUGGGUCUCCUGCUCUGCAUUCGACUUAACCAGCACUUUGCUUUUGACCUUCAAAGGCGAAAGGUCCCUGCCGUGGAUGGCUAUAUCAACGGCACGAAUAUGCUAUUAUGGCCACGACUGCAGGUCAUAAUGGAUCGCCACUGCGAAUCCGUUCGACUACUGACUAAUGCUGCGCCCGCGAAACUCGCUCGGGCCGACCAGUUGAAGUUGUCCGCCGCACCGCACAUGGUGACCCAGCGGUUUGGGCAACUGCUCCAAAGCUUCCUGGCCCUGUCCACUGAAGCCGGCGACGAUGAGCCCGUCGUCGCCAGUCUUCGCCGUUUGCGGUCCGAGGUCGAAGCUUUCUUGACUCGACAUAGUCAAACGCAUGGCGACACGAGAAAAAGCGAGCGAUUUUUAUACAACAACUAUUCCUUGAUUCUUACCAUUAUCGGCGAUGAAACGGGCAAGUUGGCACAGGAGCAACAGGAGCACUUUGAGGAAUUAAAGCAAAAAUACCAGGGCGAAUCAUAGAAGUACAUAUGUACAUUUGAAGCAAAAGUACCUACGUAAUUAUAAUAACGUAUACAUUAAGACUUUGAAUCUAAGCAUUGAUGUGGAACUAGGGUUGGAUUCUGGUUUCUACUGUAUGGCGUCUGGAGGCACAGCAUGUUUAUGGCAGAAAGUUGAAUAUUAGAUAGGCAAUCUAUAAAAAACAUUACACACAAAGGUUCUAUAGUUGGGCUCUUCAUCUCUUUCCUUCCUCUUCUUUCCUACAUGAUAACAAUUUCAUUGUUGGCCCGGGAAAAGGGACCAUAUAUACUGCAGAAGAGUAGGGUUCCGCCGGAGGUAGAAUGCCACGACUCCAACCAUGAUGGCUGUUCCGAUGAACCUGGCAGGCCGCCUGUAUAGCCAGAUUCUCCUCCUGACACCCAUUCUUAACUCUUCCCACUGUAUCUCCUUGACUUGUUUCUCGAAGUAGUGAUGACCAUCUUCAAUAGUUUGCCGCACGCUUUCAUCUACAUCCCUGGAGGUUUUGAGGACGCUGGACGAAGAAAUUUGAUGCCAUGAUCUCAAGGUCUCAGGGGGGUUCUGGGUAAAAAGAUCUACAGAUCUCUUGAUGAGAGCAUCCAAGUCUAAUUCUGGAGGGACUCUGCCGAGAAUGACUUGAAGCAUAUCGGGCUCGUCAAUUUCAAGAAUCUCUUCGCGGCGAUCUAUGACAAUCUGGGCAAACAGGUAUAUGGAAAAGGUAGGUUCGCGCGCCAAGAUGACGUCAAACAGCCGAGCUAUGUCCUUGUACCGCUCAAUAUUGUGAGCAUACAUGGUAAGGGUGCCAGCGAGGGCGUAAAAAGGUUCUAUACUGGAGAGAUGCCGGCGAAGCUCCAUGUCUGCGCGGGCUAGGAUAUCGGGGAGGAGCCUUAGCUGUGCGGUUGUGGCGCUGAGACUGGGCAGCAUGAAGUCGCGGAUCCUGAGAACGGAGAGCCGCGACACCAGCGGUGCUCUUGCCGCUGGCUCUAGGACCAGGAGGAAUACCUGGCAGAUGUCAUGGUACCCUUGAAAGUAGCAGAGAUAUGGGUGUCGGCGGAGAACCUCCACAAUGAGAUUUGAUAAUUCAUGUUUUCGCUCCUGUAGCUGUGCUUCGGA